AUUUUACCAUGUCCUACACUCUUCUCCAACCUCCCACCACACAAACUCCAUUUCUUCCCCCACACCACCAACUCCAAAAAAGGCGCCUCCUUUUUUUUCGCCCUUUCCGCCGCCGCCGCCGCCGCCGCCGUCGCCGUCGCCAACGGCACCACCUCCGCCGCCAUCAUCCCCAAUGGGCUUCCCCUGCCUAUGCUACACCGUCAUCCUACCCCGCCCCGUCGCCCUUAUCGUCCACCUCCUCGAUCUCCUCAAGCUCGCACUCUCCGCCGGCCUCUUCUUUCUCGGCCUCCCCUCCUCCUCUGCCGCUGCCGCUGCCGCCAUCGACGACCUCGACGCUUUUCCCUCCUACCUCCUCCCCGACUCCCACCUCCCUCCUCCCGCCUCCGUCAAGUCCCGCCUCCCCGUCGUCCGCUUCUCCGCCCUCCGCCCCAACGGCGCGGCCAUCUGCGCCGUCUGCCUCGACGCCCUCUGCCCCCGCCACGAGGUCCGCCAGCUCGGACACUGUGCCCAUGCCUUCCACAAGCACUGCAUCGACAAGUGGGUCGACGUCGGCCAGCUCACCUGCCCUCUCUGCCGCGCCCCGCUCCUCCACCAUCAGCCUCCGGAGGAGUAUGAGAAUACUGCCAAGAUCUCCAGCAAACAAGUAGAAGAAAAAUGCAAUUAGCUCGAUCUUAGAACAUGCAUCUCCUUCUGCAGGCAGGUUCAUCAUCAUGUGAGUGUUUCAAAAUGGAAAACCUAAUUAAGCUACUCAUGAUUUGGCUUUAGAGUACUACUCAAAACCUCCAGCAAAGAUCUCCUUCUGCAGACAGAAACCUAACAAAAACUUACUUCCUUGACCCAACUGUGAAAUUGUGUGUCGGUUUAGCUGGGAAAAGAGCUGCCUUGAGCUUCAGAAUGCUGCUAAAGGUCUCCAGCAAACAAGGAAAGAACUUAGUUUGCUUGAUCUUAAAGCUUCUGCAAUUUUUCAGAAUGGAAACCUAAUUAAAACUUGCUUCCUUGUGAAAUGUGUGUUUGUUUGGCUACUUAUCAAAAGUAAAGAAUGUGAUCAACUGUGAAAUGUGAGUUUGUUUAAGUAGAUAUGAAUUCUAUUGAUCAUGUUUCAGAAUAGGAACCUGGUUAAAACCUGCUUCUCAUGAAAAGUAA